AUGGUGGCGCGGCCCUGAGCGCCUGGCCCCGUGGGGACGGCCCGGCGGCGGCGGCGGCCCGUGCCCCGACGGGCGGGGGCGCGGGAUGACCGGGGUGCUGGAGAGUCUGGUGCCGGACAUGCACGCCAGCCAGAUCUCGGCUGGCGGCUACCACCAGCACGGCGGCCUGCACAAGCCGCAGGAGUCCCCCACGCUGCCCGUCUCCACGGCCACCGACAGCAGCUACUACACCAACCAGCAGCACGGGGCGGCGGGCGGGUCGCCCUACGGCCCCGUGGGCUCCUACCCCUACGCGGGCGGCGGCGGCGCCCCCUACUCUGCCAAGGCCGCCUACGACGUGGGCUACGCGGGCGCCUACGGUUCCUACGGGCCCUACGGGAGCAGGGCCUCUCCGGCCAACAACGACUCUGCAGAGAAGGAAGACUGCGAGCCGGAGAUCAGGAUCGUGAACGGGAAACCCAAGAAAGUCCGGAAGCCCCGAACCAUCUAUUCCAGCUUCCAGCUGGCAGCUCUGCAGCGGCGCUUCCAGAAAACCCAGUACCUCGCCCUGCCCGAGAGAGCGGAGCUGGCGGCCUCCCUCGGCCUCACACAGACGCAGGUGAAGAUCUGGUUUCAGAACCGCCGCUCCAAGUUCAAGAAGAUGUGGAAGAGCGGAGAGAUCCCAGCGGAGCCGCCUCCCCGUCGCAGCGCUUCGCCGCCGUCCCCCUCCUCGCCCCCCGCCUGGGACUUUGCUCCGCACCCGCGCACGGCGGGCGGCGCCGGCACCGCCAGUCCCAGCCCCGCCGCCGCCGCCUUCCUCGGUAGCUAUUCGUGGUACCCGCCGGCGCCCGGCGGCCCGGCGCACCUGCCGGCGGCCGCUCCCCUCCCGCAGCCGGCACAGCCCCCGCACCACCACGGCGGCGGUAGCAUCUUCUAGGCGCUGCAGAGACUUGAGCCCUCGGACCGCGCCCGGCAGCCGCGGGCCACAGAAGUGCAGCACUGGUGUUUUGGUGAAGCCUGUCUCCGGCCAUUCUGGCGGAGAGGAACCGCUCCCUCCCCGUUGCCCC